AUGACGAGCACCAUCACGUUAGUUUGCCUCGACGGGGCGACGGCGACUCAUGCGGUCAACGACAACACGCUCAAAUUGGAUGUGAAAGACGGCCAAAAUGUCGGACACCUUAACGGUCCUGUCCUCAUUAUCAGCUACGAUAAAAACGCCUCGGACUCCUUGAUGGUCUACGGAGAGGCCGAGAAAGCUCCCAGAAACACACCGCUCACAGCCGGAGCUGUUCUGCUAGAGAAGCUCGUACCUUGGCCAUUUGACAAAAGUUCAAAACCAAGCUGGUUACCGAAAAGAGCGGAAAAGGCUUCUCUGCCCGAGGCAGUGUUGAAACUCUACGACAAUUUCGACCACUCUAAUGCCGAUGUGGUAGCCAUCGUAUCCAAAGACGCAGACUGCAGCAACAUUGUACGCUGCAUCGCUGAGCUAACGACGGCCACAUUUCUCCAUGAGCCAGUAGAGAAGCUGAGACAAUAUCUUUUCCGAGUCGGCAAGCUCAGAAUUCCAGAGGAGUGGCGGGCAAGAGCGAGGGAGAUCUACGACGACGAAUACAAAAAAGCCGUGGGCGAGCUUUUGCCAACUUUUGCUCAACGGGGUCAAAUCACACAUGUCUCGCCAACCAAGAACAAAGGCAAAGUCGACGUUGUAAGAAAAGUUAGACGCGUGGCAGAAGACGAUGUAAUCGUGAAGCCAGCGGAAUCCGGCCAAAACGAGCAGCCCUCAGGGAUUGAUGAAGGCUCCAGAGGCGCAUUCAAUCGCGGUUUGGCAAGUCUGAUAGCCUGCAAGGAGAGCCACAAAGACAGGCGGUUAAUGGUUGAUGCAUUUGAGGGCACCAUGUCCGAGGUGCCACCUACGGCGAUCUGUGACAUUCCGAUCGAGCUUACCAUUCCCAUUAUGAUUGACUAUACCGUCAUCUGUGUUAUCGAUACCGCAACUGAUGAGGUUGAGAUUAGACUUACGAGGUUUGGGACCCCUUUUCCUGCAGCUAUCGAUAGUUUGAGAAGGGCCCUGGGAGUCGAUGUCACCAAUGCUGCAAUAUGGAAAAUAUUCCACCCCGAAGUUGAUGAGAAGAAUUGGCAUGGGCAGAUUUUCGGGGAGAAGAAUGACAGGUUUGCAGAUAUUAUUGACGCGUAUCUUGAUCCUGUAGAUUAG